AAUAUUAGGAACUUUGACAUGCCAUUAACGCGUCACCCUAAAUAAGUAAUUUGAGUUUCUUCAAACUCCAAUUCUUGCGAUUCUGUGAGCGAAAUAAUGAAAUUCGCAAAUUGACCACACGUAUUCACAAAAUUACAAUACAUCAAUUUAAAAAAUUUUAAUUAUAACUCUUGAUGUGGGUCAUAAUGCAUAAAGUUUUGUUAUACUCUUGUAUUUGCAGAUAAGUUUUUUAAUUCGCAUUUAAGCGAAAAUUUUUAAUUCUUAACUGCGUAAGUCAAAGUAAGUAAUAAAAGGUUUAUCUGUAAAUAUUUCUUCAGCUGUUUCUAGUCAACUUGAUGUUACAAGGAGAUUUUAUAUAGAAAUAAUGCUUCACGAUCACAAAUAUCUAAUUUGUAACAGCAAAUACUUGGCGCAAAUAUAAGCACGUCUUUGACCUGAGAUGCGCCCUCUCUAGACAUAACCAAAAAAUGCAGUCAGUGUGUCGGGUUCGAAUGGCUUUGUUGUAAACUGUACUGACAUCAACGAUGGCACUGAAUGAAAUGAAAAACUGUCAGAAAAGUAUGAUGCCACUAAGGGAACCCAGAAGAAAGCGAAGGGUUCGACUUCGGCCACGUAAGCCAUUCCCAAUUAAUAUAGGUUCUGAUAAUGAAUGGAUCGUUUAUACCGGCCACCUCGCCAACCUGGGAGUCUGUGUCACAGAACUGUACGAUAUCGAAGCUCUACAUUCCAUGGGUUUUUUUGGGAAGGGAUCUCUAUCGCGAAGUUAUCCAAACUUUGAGAGGACUAGACGGCCAGUUGUGAGACACAGACAAUGGGCUAGACGACAAGAAUGGCUUGAACAAGCAAAACAUCUAGCGGCUGAAGCUCUGGCAAAAUCUAUGGAAGAGGAAAAGUGGAAAAAUACUGCAGAUAUCGACUCAUCAAAAGAAAUGGAUGGCAAAAAAAAAACUUCUGUGUCAGAAGUUCAGGAGGCAAGUGCAGAUGGACGUGCAUCUGAAAAUGAGAAGAAUAUUGUAAAAGAUGAUAGUGUACAUGAUUCAGGCGAGAAGACAGAACCUGCAGAAAAAAAACUUAGACUUGCAACUCAAGAAGUAGCCAGAUCUUCUGAAAAAAGUGGAGAUUGCUCAAAUGAAGAAAUGGAUGACAAAUGUGAGCAAAAUCAAGUUGAUAAAACAGUGUCAGUCACACAAAUUCAGAAUAACGAUUCAAGUCCUAUUCUAUUUAAGAAUAUUGAAACACAAGACUCCCAUAAAACUGCUGACAAAUUGACAUCUGUACCUGCAAAAGUAGAUGAAGUUGUUCUUGACACCAGUGAAGAGGAAGAUGAAGUAUGUGAAAUUUCACAUGUUGAGACUACAGAAUCCAUGACACAAAAUGUCUGUGGUGAUGCAGAUAUUAUGGUAUUAAAUGAUGAGAAAAUGUCAACAAGUUUAGAUGAAAAAAACUGUUGUGAAAUUGAAAAUGAGACGAAUGUGGAAGAUGACCACGAAAUGUUGGAGAGAGAAUUGUUAGUUUUACCUGACAGUGACUCUGACACCGAAAAUUAUUUGAAUAACGUGAAACCAACAGUUGAGAAGGAAGGUUUUCCUGUUAGAGAAGUAAUGUAUCUCACAUUUGAAGAGACAUUCUUUCUGAUGUUUGGAUUGGGCUGCCUACAAGUUAUCGACUUUGAUGGUAAUUCGUUGAGUAUUUUGGAUGCGUGGAAUCACUUCUGCCAUGUGCAAAGUGACUUUGUACAAAAAUAUGUUGUAUAUCAUUACUUUCGGAGUAAGGGCUGGGUGGUUAAGUCUGGCUUAAAGUAUGGCGGCGAUUUCUUGCUGUACAAACAAGGGCCUCCAUUUUAUCAUGCAUCGUAUAUCGUGAUUGUGGAAGUGUUAGAUGCAGAUACCUUGAUCACAGAUGACAAGAAAACAACACGCAAAAUGACUUGGAAAAAAUUAUAUGGCCUUGAUAGAUUAUCCGAAACUGCUGCUAAGGUAGUGGGGAAAUAUUAUUUGCCAAAGUCCUUUGGCCAUCAAAAAUUCCAAGAAGUGAAAUCCCUUCCACCCCGGAACUCUUGUGCGAAUUUAUGGUGCAAGAGUUACUUUAUAGGAGAUGGAUUCCGAAACAAAAUAGAGAGGAAAUUGAUUUAGAGGAUGAAAAUGAUGAUUUAGAGUAAUGAGAAUAAUUUUUACAUACAAUCUUUAAAUUUCACGAUUUAUUGCUAAUUAUUCCUAACGAGCCACGCAUAGUCCAUAGUUGACUUGAGAUCACUUCGUAGUUUUCUUGUUUUUAUACAUACAUAAACAACGCGAUUUGAGAAUAUGAAAGAUGUUUUGUUCAAAGUUACAAAGUAAUUACAAAUUCUGUCGGCAAAUUAUACUGAUAACAAUACAAUUAUUUACAUAUUAGACCCUAUUCUGUUGGUACCCACUGGUGCUCUGGAACCUUUGCCAAUACCUGUUCUUCUGUAUUCACUUCUUUCAGCCAGAUACUCUUGUUUACAUUCUUCGACAAACUCUGGAUUAUUGAACCAUUUUGUCAAACAUUCUUUCAUUUCACUAUUUUCGUUCCGGCACUUCGUUACCAUUAAGAAACCAGUACUAGAACAGCAUUUGCUGAAAGCUGAAAAAAGAUAAAUUAUUACAAAAUAAUCAAUCAAAGUAAAUGCGAUAUAACUGUGUAAAAAAUUGCUGAGCUUUUUUAAAAAAAAUUAACUUAUGUAUAGCGUGUUAUGUGUGACGAACCUACCUUCAACUUCUUUGACGCACUUUUCCUUCCUCGAUCGUUCACGUACUCUUUUGGGUAUAAGAACUUGUAAUUCUAGUUUUCUCAAAGACAAGUCAUCAGGAUUACCUGUAAGAAAAUGCAUAUCUCGUUCCGCAAACCAUUACAAACUGAACUAACCUCAACACUUUAACUGAUUCGUAAAAUUUAUGUACAAAGUAUGCUUUGAAGUAAAUUGAUAACCAUUUA